UCCCAACUCGUAAGCCGUUGUCCUUGUCUGUUGUACAGUCGCGUUAUGAUCCCAUGGUUGUCUAUGCAAGCAGGGAGGCCAUGCGAGGGUUGACUCCCGCCCUUAUGGGGUCGGGAGUUCAGAGCCGGAUCCGCGCUAGUCAGGAGUGACUCAACUGAGCCUGUACGUCCAAUUUAAUGGCUACGGAACAAGGAGCGUGCUUAGAGAUUUGCCAAUUUUUCACGGGACGGGGGCAGAAGCAGCAUUAACCUAGCAGCCAUUUCGGCGGGGUUUCAUUCCGCGUACUAAAGUGCUAGAAUGCUGGCUUCCGUCAGCCCUGGGGUCAUCAAUCCAAAAAAAGGGGGGUCCAGUUCCUAUCCUAAGACUUUACUGGUCUCCGUCUUAGUCGCCUUCUCGUAUUAGCUAGGUGUUUCACAAGUGUGUUAGACCUAUCCGGGGGAUACCUGGCUUGUGCCGGCGGUUACGAGUUGCUUUAGUGCUCUUUAGAGGGAGCAGAACAUCCCCGUGUCUUCUUAGUCGCCUCAUACGACAAGCUGUGACAUGCUGUGGUGGUAUUCUACUGCCCGCUCACCACACGGGUGUGUGUGUGUGUGUGUGUGCGCGUGUGAAUGAUCGCCCAUUGCUCGUUGCGUUGGUAUUAGCCAUGACAGUUGGCCUCGCGCUCUGUACCACUCCGCCCCCGCGCGACCUGUAAACACGUUAACUCAAACGCGAUCGUUCGCGUUUCGCAUUUAUUUCGCGUUCGCGUUCCGUGAAAUCGCUCGCUAAAAACAGAUUUCGGCGAAACACUUGCCAGCGCAAAAAGAAUAAUAUAAUAUAAAGUUUAUCUUUAUACACACUCGGAAUAUACGGUUCCGCGUCUUCCGCCAGUGACAGAACUGGCGGCUGGUUCUGGCCGGGCUAAGUCUGGCUCUGAGAUGGGGCACGUUACGCUUCACUAGCCGCAGCAGUCCCGCACACCGCAACCCCUUGCCCAUUACGAAUUAUAGCGAAAUAAACUGAAUCUUAUCUUAUCUGAAAUAAACAAAAACAGAACCAACCGAGCCCGAAGCGAAUCGUGUGUUUGUACAGCUUAUGAAAAUAAGCAAAGCCAGCCCCAGGAAAACGGAGCCCCCAAAAGGAUAUAACGGGGAAUAGAAAGCGCCAAACCAUGACCAGGAGUCCCGGAUCGAUGGGGAUCGCAGUGCUGAUCCUCGUCUGCCUGGCAGCUGCCGCAUCGGCCUCGUCGGCCUCGUCGUCCAGCGAUACCGGCUAUGUGAAGCAUGACAAUAUGAAAGUCUGCAUCGGCACCAAGUCCCGCCUCUCUUCUCCCUCGAGCCGGGAGCACCACUACCGGAAUCUGCGCGACCGCUACACGAACUGCACCUACGUGGACGGCAACCUGGAGCUGACGUGGCUGCAGGACCCCAACCUGGACCUCAGCUUCCUCGACAGCAUCCGCGAGGUGACCGGCUACAUUCUGAUCAGCCACGUGGAUGUCACCAAGGUGGUGUUUCCAAAACUGCAGAUCAUUCGCGGACGGACGCUGUUCAGCCUGGCCGUGGAGGAAGAGAAGUACGCCCUGUUCGCCAUAUACUCGAAAAUGUACACUCUGGAGAUGCCCGAGCUGCGGGACAUCCUGCAGGGAGGAGUGGGCUUCUUCAACAACUUCAACCUCUGCCACACGCGCACCAUUGUGUGGCGCGAGAUCCUCACCGGCAGCACCGAGAAUUUCAACUAUACGUACAACUUCACGGCGCCGGAGCGCGAGUGCCCCAAGUGCCACGAAAAGUGCGGCAGCGGGCCCUGCUGGGGCGAGGGCGCCCACAACUGCCAAAAGUUCAGCAAGACCAACUGUGCCCCUCAGUGCGCACAGGGACGCUGCUACGGCCGCGGGCCUCGGGAGUGCUGCCACCUAUUCUGCGCCGGAGGCUGCACGGGCCCCACGCAGAAGGACUGCAUCGCGUGCAAGAACUUCUUCGAUGAGGGUGUCUGCAAGGAGGAGUGCCCGCCCAUGCGCAAGUACAACCCCACCAGCUACAUCCUCGAGACGAAUCCCGAGGGCAAGUACGCGUACGGGGCCACCUGCGUGAAGGAGUGCCCCGGCCACCUGCUGAAGGACAAUGGGGCCUGCGUGCGCAGCUGUCCCUCGGACAAAAGGGCCAAGGAGGGCGAUUGCGUUCCCUGCAACGGGCCCUGCCCCAAGACCUGUCCCGGCGUCGAAACCGUCAACUCUGGCAACAUUGAAUCGCUGCGCAACUGCACCGUGAUCGACGGCAACAUCCGCAUCCUUGACCAGACCUUCUACGGCUAUCAGGACGUGUACGUGAACUACACGAUGGGUCCGCGCUACAUACCGCUGGAUCCCGAGCGGCUGGAGGUCUUCUCGACGGUCAAGGAGAUCACGGGCUAUCUCAACAUCGAGGGUAAUUUCUCGGGCUUCCGGAAUCUGUCCUAUUUCCGCAACCUGGAGAUCAUCCACGGCCGCCAGCUGAUGGAGAGUCUAUUCGCUGCGCUCUCGAUUGUCAAGUCCUCGCUCCACAGCCUGGAGAUGCGCAACCUCAAGAAGAUCAGCUCCGGCAGCGUGGUCAUCCAGCACAACCGCAACCUCUGCUACGUGGGCGACAUCCGGUGGAACGCUGUCCAGAAGACGGCCGACCAGAAGCAGUGGAUCAACGAAAACCUCAACGCCUCCGAGUGCCGCCAGGCUGGUUUGGUCUGCUCGGAUCAGUGCAAUGAGGACGGCUGCUGGGGAUCGGGCACGGAUCAGUGUCUCAACUGCAAGAACUUCAACUACAAUGGCACCUGCAUCGCCGACUGCCGCAACAUCACCAAUGCCUACCAGUUCGACACGAAGACCUGCAAGAUGUGUCAUCCGGAGUGCCGCACCUGCUCAGGACCAGGGGCCGAUCACUGCGACGACUGUAUCCAUGUGCGGGACGAGCAGCACUGCGUGUCCGAGUGCCCCGAGGAGAAGUACAGCGAGAAUGGGGUGUGCCGCAGGUGCCACGAGACCUGCGAGGGAUGCACUGGGCCGAAGGACACGAUCGGACUGGGCGGCUGCAAGACCUGCAACCUGGCGAUCAUCAACAACGAUGCCACCGUCGAGCGCUGUCUGCUGAAGGACGACAAGUGCCCCGACGGCUACUACUGGGAGUACGUCAAUCCGCAAGAACAGGGCUCCCUCAAGCCGCUGGCCGGGAAGGCCGUCUGCAGGAAGUGCCACCCUCGCUGCGAGCUCUGCAGCAACUACGGCUUCCACGAGCAGGUGUGCUCCAAGUGCGUGGACUACAAGCGACGCGAGCAGUGCGAGGACGAAUGUCCGGCCGACCACUACACGGACGAGAACAAGCGCGAGUGCUUCGAGUGCCACCCAGAGUGCCAGGGUUGCACCGGCCCUGGCUCUGACGACUGCAUCGCCUGCCGCAACUUCAAGCUUUUCGCCUUCCAUGACGCCAGCACCUACGAGAACUCCACGCUGUUCAACUGCACCUCAAAGUGUCCGCCAGACUUCCGGCACGUUAACUACCAAUCGCUGCAGAUCGGACCUUUCUGCGCCUCCAGCCCGCCGAGGGGAGGGAAGCUGAACGCAAACCUGGACGUGAACAUGAUCGCCAUCAUCACCAGUGCCGUGCUCAUCCCAACCAUCUGCAUCCUCUCUGUGGUCACCUACAUCUGUCGUCAGAAGCAGAAGGCCAAGAAGGAGACGGCCAAGAUGACGAUGGCCCUGUCCGGCUGCGAGGACUCUGAGCCGCUGCGCCCCUCCAACAUUGGCGCCAAUCUCUGCAAGCUGCGCAUCGUCAAGGACGCUGAGAUGCGAAAGGGCGGGGUCUUGGGCAUGGGCGCUUUCGGCCGGGUGUUCAAGGGCGUCUGGGUGCCUGAAGGCGAGAACGUGAAGAUCCCAGUGGCCAUCAAGGAACUGCUGAAGUCCUCGGGCGCCGAGUUCAGCGAUGAGUUCCUGCGCGAGGCCUACAUCAUGGCCUCAGUGGAGCAUGGCAACCUCCUGAAGCUGCUGGCCGUCUGCAUGUCCUCCCAGAUGAUGCUGAUCACGCAGCUGAUGCCGCUGGGCUGCCUGCUGGACUACGUACGCAACAACCGCGACAAGAUCGGCUCCAAGGCCCUGCUCAACUGGUCCACACAGAUCGCCAAGGGCAUGUCCUACCUGGAGGAGAAGCGUCUCGUGCAUCGCGACUUGGCGGCACGCAACGUUCUGGUGCAAACCCCCUCGCUGGUCAAGAUCACAGACUUUGGGCUGGCCAAGCUGCUGAGCAGCGACUCCAAUGAGUACAAAGCGGCUGGCGGAAAGAUGCCCAUAAAGUGGCUAGCCCUGGAGUGCAUCCGGAACCGCGUCUUCACCAGCAAGUCGGACGUGUGGGCCUUCGGUGUGACCAUCUGGGAGCUGCUCACAUUUGGUCAGCGGCCGCACGAGAACAUCCCUGCCAAGGACAUCCCCGACCUCAUCGAGGUUGGUCUGAAGCUGGAGCAGCCGGAAAUCUGCUCGCUGGACAUCUACUGCACCCUGCUCUCCUGCUGGCACCUCGAUGCGGCCUUGCGGCCGACCUUUAAGCAGCUGAUGACGGUCUUCGCGGAGUUUGCCCGCGAUCCAGGCCGCUAUUUGGCCAUCCCCGGUGACAAGUUCACCCGCCUGCCCGCCUACACCAGCCAAGACGAAAAGGAUCUCAUACGCAAGCUGGCUCCCACCUCGGAUGGCUCUGAGCCCAUGGUUGAGGCGGACGACUAUCUGCAGCCCAAGGCGGCGCCGGGUCCCAGCCAUCGCACGGACGGCACUGACGAAAUUCCCAAGCUGAAUCGCUACUGCAAGGAUCCCAGCAACAAGAACUCCAACGGUGGCGUCGGCGGUGACGAUGAAACCGACUCGAGUUCCCGUGAGGUGGGUGUGGGCAAUCUGCGCCUCGACCUGCCCGUCGACGAGGACGAUUACCUGAUGCCCACGUGCCAGGGCGCUGGUCCCAAUAAUAAUAACAACCACAUCAAUCCCAACCACAACGUGGCCGGCGCGGUCACCACCGCUGGCUACAUGGAUCUCACCGGAGUGCCUGUCAGCGUGGACAACCCCGAGUAUCUGCUGAAUGCGCAGGCCCUGAAUGUUGGGGAGGCGCCCAUACCCACGCAAACCAUCGGCAUCCCUGUGUUGGGAGUACCGGGCACGCUGGAGGUGAAGAUUCCGAUGCCGGGCAGCGAGCCGACCAGCUCCGACCACGAGUAUUACAACGACACCCAGCGGGAGAUGCAGCCGCUGCAUCGGAACCGCAACACCGAGACCAGGGUGUAGCCGAUCCCACUGCCAGAACGGAAUAUCAAUUCUUGCCACAAUACCCAAGUGCCUUUUGAAGUCAACGCCAACGCCAACGCCAACGCCAUGCGGAUGCACGGGCACGUGCCUUUGAAUGCUGUUAUCAUAGAUAGAACCCAUUCGCCUGUAUAAACCAGGGCCCAAACCCAACCUAACCCUAGGAUAUGUGUGUACAUUACUACCGAUAUUACUCCAUAGUGUACUUAGCCCUGCCCCACUCUAGUGUAUAGCUUUGUGUAUACUCGUACUUCUCUAUCCUAACCCUAGCCACUAGUUGAGUAGUCAGCAGGGAUCGUCGUCGCGGUCCUGCGCUUGUAGAUUGUAUGUAAUUACGAGAACAAAACACCGAUAGUGCAUUUCUUACACGCCUCCGCCACGGCGGACUCUCGAAUGGUCCGCGCGGAGGGCGCACACUAAGCUAAACUUAUCUCUAGUUCAUCCGGCGGACUGUCGCAGAUUCAUUAAUAACUUCUUAUCGUGAAUAGUUACUUAUUGUUAGUCGUUAGCCUCUAGCGCCUAUUUUUCAACUGUGAUAUAUAUUGUAGGCAUUAUCUAAGGACUUGUAACACCAUGAACAAACCGAACGACUCAAAAACCAAUCAAAAGUUAUAUAGAAAGAACUAAAAAUUAAUUGUACAUACAGAUCUAUGAAAUUUAGGUCUAGUUUCAAAUCCCAUUCGACAUCAAGAAAGUUAGACAAACCAAUCCCUAGAGUGCCAUGCGUCGAUCGAUGCGAUUCUCCUAAAGAUUUCGAAUAUUUGUUUGACACCGCAGACAGCUGUCUCUGUAACGUAACUAGUGUAAGCGCGCGCAUAGGCGAUAUGUUACCGAUCAAAGAUAUACAUACAUACAUAUGUUUGUAUGUAUUAAUAAUUCCCACAUAAAAAUACAGCCGUAUAAUUACUUGCAUACGUUCUUCUUAACCACAGAUUUGUAGAUUUACCAAGUGCUUAUGCAUAAUGAAUAUGUUACUUUAAUUUAAUUAGUUUAUCUAUACAUCUACAAAUAA